AUGCCGUCACCUAAGCCAAAUGUCCACCGGCCGUCAGCCCGACUUAUAUCAGCGGUCGUAAUGCCGCCGCCCACUUUCGAGUCGCUGAACCAUUCAUCUGUGCCGUCCGCGUCGCCCUUGGGCUGCCCAUCGCCAACACAACUACGAGCCUCGCCGGAGGCUGAGGGUGCCUCGACGGUGGAAAGACAGCCACCUGGACUUCGGAUAGCAACCGGGCAUCCACCAAACGUACUUGAACCUCACCGGAGGAUUCGGGAGCACCUGAGGAGGCAGUCCCUUCUCACUGAGGCCGCCGACCCCAUCGGGCGCACGCGCUAG